ACUCAGCCCGAUCAUUGGUCCAAAGUAAUAGUAUUACUCCAUAGCAGGUUCUACUUCCUAUUUCCUUAUAGAAUACAUUUUCGAUCAUGUCGACGUCAUUGCUAGCUACUUCUGAACGCGGCUGCCAAGAUGACGAUACCAUAUCACCUUCAAAAGCUCACCUAUUUCCUGCUGUAAUUCUAUCUAUUCCUUCUAUCCUCUAAUGAAGACACGUUUUUAUUAGAACCGUAAUAUAUCUACCUCUACUUGAUUGAUUUUUCAAAAUGACGACUCUUCACUACUUGCCCCCCGUGAAGCCCUCUGCCAUUGCGAUGGGUACGGUCUUCACCCAUACUGCUUCCUUGGGUAUCCUUGCGCCAGUCUUUGGGGACACCUACCACCGUGCUCAGGCAGCCAAUUCUAAAGAAGAAUUCAUUAAGUCCAAAGAAGCUGCUGGAGCAGCAGCCGCCUGGGGCAGUUCCUUCGUCGGAAGUGCAGCCCAGACGUACGGAGUGGCAGCCUUAAUCAAUGCAACCGGAACUCUGAGCUACAAGGGCGCGGCCUAUUUGGGAAGCUUGAUCUUCAUGGCUAGUUCUGCUCCAAGCUUCAUCAGCCAGGUAUUUACGGAGAAGCGGCCUCUAGAUACUGUGGCUGUGGGAGCCGUCAGCAGGGCUUUCGAAACAGUGGGACUGAGCUUGUUCUUGACAUGGUGGGGUACUCGGACCAACCCCUUUGACUAAAGGCGCGUCGAUAAGGCAAAGGAAAUGUGAUCAUUGUCUGUUAUGACCACAGUUCUUCCUGUAUCAAUGUUCUUAGCUCUUGAAUGAAUAUGCAAUUAUCUAUCGUGCACGUAUCUUGGGGC